CUCGGGACGGGGCGGGCCCGGUGGGGGCGGAGUCGGGCAGGCCCGCGUGUGUUUACAUCCGGCCGGGACGCGCCGCCGUCGCUGCCUGAGGUCGUUCAGCUUCAGGUCAGAGCUUUUCGCAUCAUGGACACCAGCGAUCUCUUCGCCAGCUGCAGAAAGGGGGAUGUGGGUCGAGUGCGGUACUUGCUGGAGCAACGAGAUGUGGAGGUGAAUGUGCGGGACAAGUGGGACAGCACACCUUUAUACUAUGCCUGCCUGUGUGGGCAUGAGGAGCUGGUACUCUACCUUCUGGCCAAUGGAGCCCGCUGUGAGGCCAACACCUUUGACGGUGAGCGCUGCCUCUAUGGGGCGCUGAGCGACCCCAUUCGUCGGGCGCUCCGUGACUACAAGCAGGUCACGGCCUCCUGCAGAAGGCGGGAUUACUACGACGACUUCCUGCAGCGGCUCCUGGAGCAGGGCAGCCAUAGUGAUGUGGUAUUCGUCGUGCACGGGAAGCCCUUUAGGGCGCACCGCUGUGUCUUGGGUGCACGCAGCCCCUACUUUGCCAACAUGCUGGACACCAAAUGGAAGGGCAAAAGUGUCGUGGUCCUCAGGCACCCACUGAUCAACCCCGUCGCCUUCGGCGCCUUGCUGCAGUACCUGUACACAGGCCCUGACCACCUGCCCUGCACCCAGGCCGCCUGGACGUCGGUGUGGAACAUGUCAGCGACUGCGAGCGCCUGGCCAAGCAGUGCCAGCUGUGGAGCCUGCUCAGCGACCUCGAGGCCAAGUGUGAGAAGGUUUCCGAGUUCGGUGGGUGCAAGGUUGGGGGCCCGGGGCGUGGGUGGGAACUUGCAGUGCCAUCCUGGCCCCCGCAGCUGCACGUCCCUCCCUGCAGUGGCCUCCAAGCCUGGCACGUGUGUGAAGGUGCUGACCAUCGAGCCGCCCCCGGCCGACCCCCGCCUCCGGGAGGACCUGGCGUUGCUGGCCGACUGCGCCCUGCCGCCUGAGCUCCGUGGCGAUCUUGGGGAGCUGCCGUUCCCAUGCCCUGACGGCUUCAACAGCUGCCCUGACAUCUGCUUCCGCGUGGCUAACUGCAGCUUCCUCUGCCACAAGGCCUUCUUCUGUGGCCGCAGUGACUACUUCCGGGCCCUGCUGGAUGACCACUUCCGGGAGAACGAGGAGCUAGAGGCCUCGGGGGGCCUCCCGGCCAUCACCCUGCACGGCAUCUCCCCUGACAUCUUCACCCACGUGCUCUACUACGUGUACAGUGACCACACAGAGCUGCCCCCUGAGGUGGCCUACGACGUGCUGUGUGUGGCCGACAUGUACCUGCUGCCGGGCCUGAAGCGGCUCUGUGGCCGCAGCCUGGCCCAGCUGCUGGACGAGGACAGCGUGGUGGGCGUGUGGCGCGUGGCCAAGCUCUUCCGCCUGGCGCGGCUUGAAGACCAGUGCACUGAGUACAUGGCCAAGGUCAUCGAGAAGCUGGUGGAGCGCGAGGACUUCACCGAGGCCGUGAAGGAGGAGGCGGCAGCCGUGGCAGCCCGGCAGGAGACGGACUCCAUCCCUCUGGUAGACGACAUCCGCUUCCACGUGGCCAGCACUGUGCAGACCUACAGCGCCAUCGAGGAGGCGCAGCAGCGGCUGCGGGCGCUCGAGGACCUGCUUCUGUCCAUUGGCCUGGACUGCUGAGGCUGCCCCUGCCCGCAGCCGGGUGGGGUGCUCCGCUGUGUGUGCAGCUCUCCUUCCUGCUCCUUGCACACUUGUAGUGGGCAGGGCUCCGUGUGUGGCUGGAAGGCCUGUGGGGUAGGACUGGGGGAGCACCUGGGGCAGCCCCCUCCCCCACAGCACAAAAUAGCCUCGAGCCUCUGGGGCUGGGCAUCACUCAGGGAUGGGGGUGGGCUUUGGUGUCUUGGUGCCUCUCUCCCCUGCAGCCCUCCUCCCGGGGGGCCUGGUUGGGGGCCUCCCAGCCCUGGUCCCACCUGCCUUUCCCCUCUGGGCCUGGCUUCUCACAGGCACAGAGCAGGCCAGGAAGGGGCAGGUGGGCAUCUGUGUGUGACAAUAAAGCUUGAAUUCACUGUG